AUGGAGUCCUUUUCAUCUGGUAUAGGAAGCAAAUCGAAGCCAUGCACAAAGUUUUUCAGUACUUCUGGAUGCCCAUUUGGUGAGGGAUGCCACUUCUUGCAUUAUGUUCCUGGUGGGUUCAAAGCUGUGUCUCAGAUGCUUAAUAUUGGUGGCAACCCAGCACUUCCACCAGCCUCCAGAAAUCAAGGUGCCCCACCCCCAUCUUAUCAAGAUCGCUCUUCUCCUCCAUCUGUGAAGUCGCGUUUGUGCAAUAAAUACAACACAGUUGAAGGUUGCAAAUUUGGUGAUAAAUGCCAUUUUGCCCAUGGUGAGUGGGAGCUUGGGAAGGCAGCAGCUCCUCCAUCGUAUGAGGAUCCUCGUGCCAUGGGGCCAAUUCCAGGCAGGAUGAGUCGACACAUGGAGCAUCCACACCAAGGUCAUGGUGCUGCAGCCAGCUUUGGGUCCUCUGCUACUACUAAGAUAAGUAUUGAUGCUUCACUUGCUGGAGCCAUCAUUGGGAAAAAUGGUGUUAACUCAAAGCAUAUCUGCCGUUUUACUGGAGCCAAGCUUUCCAUAAGGGAGCAUGAGGCAGACCCUAAAAAGAGGAACAUAGAGCUCGAGGGUUCAUUUGAUCAGAUCAGUAAAGCAAGUGACAUGGUUCGCCAACUUAUUUCAAAUGUCGGUCAAGCCUCUGGACCACCUCCCAUGAGGAACCAACCAAUGCAUUCUUCUGGUGGAUCAAACAACUUCAAGACUAAGAUCUGUGAGAACUUCAACAAAGGAGCUUGCACUUUUGGGGAUAGGUGCCAUUUUGCACAUGGUGCUGAGGAAUUGCGCAAGUCAGGAAUGUGA